GAUUCAGCUGAAUCAUGUCUGAGCUCUGGUAUCGAAAACCUGCCAGUGGGUGGGAUGAAGCCCUACCAGUAGGUAAUGGACGCCUUGGGGCAAUGGUCCAUGGGAGAACAGAUACAGAGCUCCUCCAACUGAACGAAGAUUCUGUGUGGUAUGGUGGCCCCCAAAAUCGCCUGCCGGGGGAUGCUCUAGAGCAUUUGCCACGCUUAAGAGACUUGAUCCGAAAGGGUGCUCAUGCAGAAGCAGAGCAGCUGGUCCGUCGAGCCUUCUUUGCCUCUCCCAACGGCCAGCGGCACUACGAGCCUCUAGGUACUCUGUCGCUCGAGUUUGGGCACCCGUAUGACAGGGUCAAAGGCUACAGACGCUCGCUGGACUUGAAAGAAGGCAUUUCCCACGUCCAAUAUGAGUAUGAAAAUAUCAAGGUCCAUCGGCAGCUUCUCGCGAGCCAUCCGGACGAAGUACUGGCUAUGCGCAUAGAAGCAUCGCACCCCAUCGAGUUUCUAGUGCGUCUCAGCCGACUGAGCGAGGUAGAAUAUGAGACAAAUGAGUUCCUCGACGAUCUGAUCGUAGACAAUCGCUCUAUUACAAUGCACGUUACUCCUGGCGGCAAGGGUAGUAACAGUGCCAGUUGCAUGGUUGCGAUCCGCUGCGACAAUAGCCAAGGGGAAGCACCAACGAUCGCGCGAGUCGGCCAGAAUCUAGUUGUCAAUGCCCGAAAGACUCUUAUCCUAAUAUCUGCCCAGUCGACAUAUCGGUUCAAGGACAUUGACAAGGCAGUAAUUGCUGAUAUAGAGCGGGCACUAGCACUCUCCACUGAGAAUAUAUGGAAACGACAUAUCACAGAUUACCAGGCGCUCUAUGACCGCCUAGAACUACAACUUGGUUCUGAUGCGACACACCUGCCGACAGAGGAGAGGAUCCUGAAUGCGCGUGACCCGGGCCUAAUUGCUCUAUACCUCCACUACAGUCGAUACCUUCUCAUAUCUUGCAGUAGGCCGGGCAAGGAAGACGGCUCGGAUCGCGUGCUCCCAGCAACCCUACAGGGUAUUUGGAACCCAUCAUUUCACCCUCCAUGGGGCUGUCGGUACACCAUCAAUAUCAACCUGGAGAUGAACUACUGGUCUGCCAAUGUGGGGAAUUUGUCCGAGUGUGAGCAGCCAUUGUUUGCCCUGCUUGAGCGUGUUGCCGCUGCCGGUACGGAAACGGCACGUAAGAUGUACGGUUGCCGUGGGUGGACAGUCCACCACAAUACCGAUAUUUGGGCGGAUACAGCCCCAGUGGACCGCUGGAUGCCUGCGACACCGUGGCCGCUGGGAGGUGCCUGGCUUUGUUUUCACAUAUGGGACCAUUACCGUUUCACGGGGGACAGGGCUUUGUUAGCCCGAAUGUUCCCCGUGCUCCGCGGCUGUGUCGAAUUCUUGCUAGACUUCUUAGUAGACGACGCUACGGGCAAAUACAAGGUGACAAAUCCAUCUAUAUCUCCCGAAAAUACUUUCUUAGAUGAAAACGGAAACCCGGGGGUGCUUUGCGAAGGCUCAACGAUUGACAUCCAACUGAUUCGUGCUCUCCUGAAUGCGUUUAUCUCAGGAAUAACAGUGCUCGACCUUGCUGACGAUGAACUUCUCCCGAGCGUUCACGAAACAUUGAGUCGUUUACCUCCGAUGCGCAUAGGAUCCGCUGGACAACUCCAGGAAUGGAUGGCUGACUAUGGUGAAGCUGAGCCUGGCCAUCGACACGUCUCGCACCUCUGGGCUUUGUACCCGGGUUGGGAUAUCAACCUUGGCACCACACCCGACCUAGCUAAAGCGUGUGCUAUUACCAUACAGCGACGUCAAGCAGCGGGUGGAGGCCACACAGGCUGGAGUAGAGCUUGGCUCCUCUGCCUGCACGCCCGAUUGGGAGCUGCAGAUGAAUGCGCGAAGCAUCUAGAGCUACUGCUAGCGCAAUCCACCCUACCCAACCUUCUGGACACGCAUCCACCCUUCCAGAUUGAUGGCAACUUCGGUGCUGGUGCUGGUAUCUUGGAGAUGCUAGUGCAGUCACACGAAGGUGUCAUACGGCUUUUGCCCGCUUGUCCGGAUGAGUGGCGAACUGGAAAGAUUCGUGGAGUUCGAGCACGUGGGGGAUUUGAACUGGAUUUUGGAUGGAAAGAGGGGGAAAUCUGGGGACCAGUUAUCGUGAAGUCAGAGCUGGGACUUCGGACAGUGAUCUAUUACCCCCAUAAUGGACUGCAAAAGGUCGUAGAGGAAAUCAUGGAUUUGACUUCUGUUCAGGACCUCAAGGGUGUUCUUCGCAGCGACUUCUUCCACGGCUAUGCCACAGCAGCCCCCCAAAUUGAGGGAGCCUGGAACAAAGAUGGCAAAGGCCUUUCGAUCUGGGACACCUUUGGUCACAAACCAGGAAAAAUCAAGGACGGCAGUACUGCGGACGAUGCAGUGCGGUCCUAUGACUUAUAUCGGGAGGAUAUCGCCUUGAUGAAGUCUUACGGAGUCAAUGGCUACAGAUUUUCUCUGUCCUGGUCGCGCAUCAUUCCUCUUGGAGGCGCAGAGGAUCCCGUCAACGAACAAGGUAUCAAAUUCUACCAGGAUUUGAUAGACGAAAUGCUCCGCAACGGUAUUACACCAUUUGUGACCAUCUUUCACUGGGAUGUACCCCAGGCUCUAGAGGACCGAUAUGGAGGCAUGUUAAACAAGGAGAAGUUCGUUCCUGACUUUGUUCGUUUCGCGCGCGUCUGCUUCGAGCACUUGGGCACCCGCGUGAAGUACUGGAUUACUUUUAACGAGCCCGGAGUGUAUUCACUAGCAGGGUAUGCAGCGGGUGUCCAUGCUCCUGGACGCUCGUCCUACCGCGAUCUCAAUGAGGAGGGCGACUCCUCUACAGAGCCUUUCAUCGUCAGCCAUACGCAGCUGAUAGCUCAUGCAUACGCUGCGAAGUUGUACCGAACGGAAUUUCAAUCCGAGCAAAAGGGCACAAUCGGAAUCACCCUGUCCGGCAACUGGUCAGAAGCCUGGGAUGAGGAUGACCCACGCGACCAGGAAGCUGCCGAGAGAGCCCGGGAGUUUGAGAUCGCCUGGUUUGCGGAUCCUCUGUACACGACUGGCGAUUACCCUGCCUCUAUGAGGGCCCAGCUCGGUGAUCGUUUACCACACUUCACGCCCGAGGAAUCGAAGCUAGUGCUAGGCAGCUCUGAGUUCUAUGGUAUGAACUCCUACACAACCUUCUUCAUGCAGCAUAAGGAUACUCCUGCCGAUAUCAAUGACCACAAAGGCAAUGUUUUCAUCCACGACACGAACAGUAAGGGCGUCCCCCGAGGAGAGGAGUCUGACACGCCUUGGCUGCGCAUGGCACCAGCUGGGUUCCGUAAGCUGCUCAACUGGAUCUGGUCAAGGUACCACAUACCCAUUUAUGUCACUGAGAAUGGCACUACUGCAAAGGGUGAGACAGCGCCAACAUCGGAAGUGCUCAAUGACACCUUCCGCCAGCGAUUUUUCGAGGGGUAUGUUGGUGGUCUGGCACGAGCUGUCAAGGAAGAUGGCGUGGAUGUUCGCUCAUACUUUGCCUGGACAUUUACCGACAACUGGGGUAUGAUCCCAUCCAUAUCUCCUAUAAAACUCUCUUGUCGCUCUUUUGCCUCCAUCACGCGUCCUCCGACUGCCCCCAAACCCAGUCCCGACGUCAAACAUAUCCGGCAGAACCCCGAGCUCUAUGCCCAGAAUUGUCGCGACCGCAAUUACCCGUCACACGCAGAUUAUCCGUUGAAGAUCCAGCAACUCUCAGAUGAACUCCGUCAGAUUGACCACCAACUGCAACCGUCACGUUCACGGAUAAAGGCCCUCGAAAAGACCAUUGCGAAGCUCCAGCAUCAGGCCACCGAGCCGCAGAACAAAGACCAGGAGGCCGCUCUCCGCGCUGAAGCCCAGGAAUUGAAGGAUGAAUCACUCGCCCUAACAACGCGCAAGGCAUCCUGCACGGAACAGGUCCAGCAACUUGCCCUCUCUCUCCCCAACAUCUCCUCUUCCCACACCCCAAUCGGCUCCGAGCCUACCCUCGUUGAAUAUCUCAACUUCGACGCCCAGUCACCACCCGCUUGGGUCCAUCGCCCCGAUCCAUCUCGUUCACACGUUUCCAUUGGAUCUACUCUUGGCCUCAUCGACUUUGCCAGCGCUGCCACCACGACAGGGUGGGGUUGGUACUUUCUUAUUGGGGACGGUGCUCUCCUCGAACAAGCUCUGAUACAAUACGCCCUGACGGUUGCCCGGCGCUAUGGCUGGACCCCCGUCUCCCCUCCCUCAAUUGUCUACUCUUACGUCGCAGAGGCCUGUGGCUUCCAACCCCGCGACCAGAACAACGAACAACAAAUCUGGGCCAUUGAACAAUCUGAAAAGGACAGGGCCAAACCCCAGCGCUCGCUCGCCGCCACCGCCGAAAUUCCUCUGGCCGCCAUGCACGCGGGUCGCGAUCUCGAACCCUCCACUCUACCCCUCAAACUAGUGGGCCCCAGUCGCUGCUAUCGUGCCGAAGCCGGCGCGCGAGGCGUAGACACUAAGGGCCUGUAUCGUGUGCACGAAUUCACCAAGAUCGAAAUGUUCGGCUGGGCGGAUAAUGUCCCCGCCUCGUCUUCGAUACCUUCUUCAGACGAUCUCUUUAAUGAGCUCCUCACCAUACAGAAGGAGAUCCUGACAUCUCUUCGACUUCCCUGCCGCGUUUUGGAAAUGCCCACCACCGACCUCGGGGCCAGCGCCAGCCGGAAACUUGAUAUUGAGGCCCUGUUCCCAUCCCGCAUGCGCGGUGAAACCCUCGAGGAUGCCUGGGGAGAGGUUACCUCCGCCUCCAUCUGCACUGAUUAUCAGUCUCGCCGAUUAGGAACUCGCGUCCGCGGAGGUACGGCUAAAGACUCUCGAUUCCCACAUACAGUCAACGGGACGGCAAUCGCGGUACCCAGGGUUUUGGCCGCGAUCUUGGAAAACGGAUGGGAUGCAGAACGCGGGGUGGUUGUUAUCCCCGAGGUCUUGCGACCCUGGAUGGGAGGUAUGGAAGUCAUCGGUAAAUGACAUCGUAACCUGGUUUCUAUCACGGAUGUAUUCAAUACCGUAACUGUAAGAUAUAAAUCAUAUUGAUUCUGUACAUUAACUCUGACCUGGAAAAC